AUGUCAGCAGUACAAGCAAUUAUAACAACUGAAAAAGUAUUACAAGCAUUUAUAGCAUUUUCAACCAAUUUAUCAGUUAUACCAGUUGUAUAUCAUUGUUUGAAGAGAGGAAGUGCUUAUGAAGGUAUUAUUGGUAUAUCAUGUGCAUUAGCAUCAAUGAUGUAUCAUGUUGGUGAAGUUUUUGAAAAUACAUGGUGGUUUAAAUUAUCGGGUAUGACAUCAGGUCAAUGGCAUAGAUUGGAUAAUGUUUUCACGAUUUUAACAUUUCAAGCAUUAUGUUUCUUUUUAAUGGAUAUUCAAAGUCAACAAAGCACAGAACUAUUACGUUGGACAUUUUUAGUUAUCACUUUAUAUUGUCAAGAACGUGCACCAUGGCAAAUAGAAUUCACAAUUAUACCAAUAGUUUCUGCAUUAAUCCUUUUAAUCAUUCGUCAUUCUUUACGUAGAAAAAUUCCAGAUUGGAUUAAAUCAAAAUUCUUUUUAUAUGGUUUUGGUUUCUUUGGCGUUGCUGCUUUCUUUUUCGCUCGUGGUUUAGAUGAUAAUAAUGAUUAUCUUCGUAUUAAUCAUGGAAUUUGGCAUUUCUUUAUUGGUAUUUCAUUUUAUUUCAUUUUCCUUUCAAAAGAAAAAUUAAAUGAAAAAAAUCUUUUACAUAAAAACUUUUAA